UCUCUCUCUCUCUCUCUCUCUCUCUCUCUCCUUAUUUGCUUGAAGCUCCGUUUGAGAGAGCUGUAAUGGCAUCUCCGGUUCUGGACGCGGAAUACCUGAAGACCAUCGAAAAGGCCAGGCGAGAUCUCCGAGCUCUUAUUUCCAGCAAGAACUGCGCACCUAUCAUGCUUCGUUUGGCAUGGCAUGAUGCUGGCACCUAUGAUGUUAAGACAAAGACAGGUGGUCCUAAUGGUUCAAUUAGGACUAAGGAAGAGUACACACAUGAUGCAAAUAAGGGCUUACAAAUUGCAAUAGAUUUCUGUGAUCAAGUGAAGAAAAAGCAUCCGAGGAUUACAUAUGCUGACCUCUAUCAGCUUUCCGGGGUCGUUGCAGUUGAGGUGACUGGAGGACCCACCAUUGAUUUUCGUCCAGGUAGAAAGGAUUCAUCUAUUUCUCCAGAAGAAGGACGACUUCCUGAUGCCAAGCAAGGUACAAAGCAUCUGAGAGACAUCUUUUAUCGGAUGGGUCUAUCUGAUAAGGAUAUUGUGGCAUUGUCUGGUGGCCACACAUUGGGAAAGGCACAUCAAGAGAGGUCUGGGUUUGAAGGUGCUUGGACGAAGGAUCCUCUGAAAUUCAACAACUCCUACUAUGUGGAGCUACUGAAAGGGGAAACUGAGGGACUAUUAAAGCUUCCCACAGACAAGGCCCUAUUGGAGGAUCCUGUGUUUAGACGAUAUGUAGAGCUGUAUGCAAAGGAUGAGGAUGCAUUUUUUGAAGAUUAUGCUGAAUCACAUAAGAAACUUUCUGAGUUGGGCUUUACUCCAAUUUCCUCCUUCAAAUUAGACAUAAAGACUAGAAUCAUAUUGGCGCUAAGUGUUGUUGGAGUUAUUGUUGCUGUCGCCCUUGUCAUGCCUCAAAAAUGGAGCCUGAGCCCUUGACCCUGCUGUUGCGGUGCGACUUAG